GGGGCCAAGUAAGAAAAGAGGAGUGGUUUGUAGGUGUUUUAAAAGAUGGCUGCCUGGAGACAAGCUCUUUCAAAAAACCUGAGAGAAGUCAGGAUCCAUCUUUGUCAAACGUCUGAAAGCAGCAGAGGCGUCAGGGAUUUUAUUGAAACUCAUUACGUCAGUUUAAAAAAAGACAAUCCGAACUUUCCAUUUCUUAUUCGAGAAUGCAGUGGAGUCGAACCAAAAAUCUAUGGGAGAUACAAUUAUGGACAGGAAAAUUGCAUAUCACUAACAAAUAAGUCAAGUGAAGAAGUAUUAAAGUCAUUAGAAGGCUUAGCAAAUAGCUCUGGACAGUAGUACACGAUAACUUAUAAAUAUUAGCAAUGUAUUGUGUAGCUUUCAUCAGGAAUCCAUAAUGUAGGGCUCCUGCUUUCAUGUAUGACCAUUAAGAAUUUAUGACCACUGAGA